CAGGCCUGAAACUCCUACGAUUGGAAAUGCUCCGCCCGUUCGUUUGAAAUGGCACCUGCGGACUAGCAUCGGCAGGUGUCUUUGAUGCUGUGUGAAUUGGUCAGCCUGGGUUUAACUCACUUCCCUGGUUCUGAAGGUGGAAGACAUGAUGCUAUCCCAGUUCCGCAUGGUCGCCAGGCCUUGUACUUUGGCAUGUCGUCAUUUGCACACAAAACAGAAAGGCAAGCCACUUAUGUUGAACCCAAGAACAAACAAGGGGAUGGCAUUUACAUUACAGGAGCGACAGAUGCUUGGCCUUCAAGGACUGCUCCCCCCCAAAAUAGAGACACAAGACAUUCAAGCCUUACGGUUCAAAGAAAACCUGAAGAAGAUGAGUGACCCUCUGGAAAAAUACAUCUACAUAAUGGGAAUCCAGGAAAGAAAUGAGAAAUUGUUCUACAGAAUACUGCAGGACAAUAUUGAAAGUCUCAUGCCAAUUGUUUACACCCCGACAGUUGGGCUUGCCUGCUGCCAGUAUGGAAACAUCUUCAGAAGACCUAAGGGAUUAUUUAUUUCAAUCUCAGACAGAGGCCAUAUUAAAUCAAUUGUGGAUAACUGGCCAGAAAAUGAUGUUAAGGUACUAAUAGCACAACCCUCCUUUUCACAAUGUUUUUGUUUUGUUUUUUUCCCCCCUUUCCUUGUAAGUUGCCUCUCAAUUUCUCAGAACAGUUUUUCAGUUUUAAAUGAUAUUUUUUUACAGGCACUCUUAAAAGACCCGUUUUACUUGGGCUUGUAUCAGAAAAGAGAUCGCACACAGCGCUAUGACGACCUGAUCGAUGAGUUUAUGAAAGCCAUUACUGACAGAUAUGGCCGGAACACACUUAUUCAGUUUGAAGACUUUGGAAAUCAUAACGCAUUCAGGUUCUUGAGAAAAUAUCAAAAAAAAUACUGUACCUUCAAUGAUGAUAUCCAAGGGACAGCUGCAGUAGCUCUAGCAGGCCUCCUUGCAGUACAAAAAUUUCUUGGUAAACCAAUCUCAGAAGACAAAAUCUUAUUCCUCGGAGCAGGAGAGGCCGCUCUUGGAAUUGCAAACCUAAUCGUCAUGUCUAUGGUGGAGAACGGCCUCUCAGAAGAGGAGGCCCAUAAGAGAAUCUGGAUGUUUGACAAGUUUGGUUUAUUAGUGAAGGGUCGCAGCAUUAAGAUCGAUAGCCAUCAGGAACCAUUUGCCCACCCAGCCCCAGAGAUCAUACCUAAUACUUUUGAAGAAGCAGUAAAUAUAAUAAAGCCUUCAGCUAUAAUUGGUGUGGCUUUAGCCGUCAUUCUCAGUGGCACCCGGCACAUUUGUGACACCGUUUUCCUGGAAGCGGCAAAGGCACUGACAGGCCAGUUGACGGAGAAAGAACUAUCUGAAGGGAGACUCUACCCUGCACUUGCUAAUAUUCAGGAAGUUUCUGUUAACAUUGCUAUUAAAGUUAUAGAAUACCUGUAUGCUAAGAAGAUGGCCUUCCGGCACCCUGAGCCCGAGGACAAGGCCAAGUUUGUCCGAGAAAGGCUGUGGCGGACGACGUACGAGUCCCUGCUUCCCGACGUGUACGAGUGGCCCGAGUCAGCCGCCAAGCCGCCCCAGCUGGCAGACUAGGUGCACACACGUGGCCGCUGCUUCACCUGCAGGAGAUGCCCCCCUUUUUAGACAAAAACAGAAGAAAUGAUGUUAUCAAAUGUAUGUCUCCCCCCCCACCCCUCUGAUUUCUUCACCGUGCUUGUCUUCUUGGGGCCCAUGAACCUCCACGUCUUUUGGGGGUUGAUGUGCUGACUGUUGCUCCCGCCCCCAGCACCCUGCCGUCCCAUAACCGGAGACUUUGAUGCCACCUUAGAGCGACUGGAAGACGCGUCUGGGAAUGCCCUUGCUGGAGUUCCUGCUGGCACUCUGCAGAGCAGUUUGCUGUGUUCCGUGCUAGGCCAGCACCCUCCUCACAAGGUCUUCUCGGAUUUCUAAAACAGAUGCAUUUCUGUAGAGGAGAGUACAAAAAAUGUUGGGAAGCAGCCCAGUAGGCCUGACUCCCAAGGAAGCGUUAUUGUCAGUGUCUGAAUAUAUGCUUUCAUUUCUGCUUUGUUUUCCCCUCCUGCUCCCAAGUUCCUUUACCCUAGACAGAUGUAGGGAAAUAUGGAAAAAGCUGUACCCCACUAUUUUGC